UCAUCAGCUGCUAUAAUCAGCCUACGCUUGUGGUGAUUCCCAGUGUACAAGGGUUUAUCUUUGAACGUCUCACAUCCACGUAUCUGUGAGCAUAUUUACAUCUUUGCACAUCACAAACGGCGUUAGCACUAGUCCAAUCGGUAUCAUGUCUGUAGCGGGACUGAAGAAACAAUUCCACAAAGCCACUCAGAGAGUUAGUGAGAGGGUCGGAGGGGCAGAAGGAACUAAAUUAGAUUAUGACUUUACAGAAAUGGAAAAGAAAGUUGACACCACCACAAGGGCAGUGAUGGACAUUAUGACCAAGACAACGGAGUACCUGCAACCCAAUCCAGCAACUCGUGCCAAGAUGAGUAUGAUGAGCUCCAUGUCUAAAAUCCGUGGAGGAGAUAAAGGUCCCGGCUACAUACAGACUGAAGUCAUCCUGGGAGAGUCCAUGCAAAAGUUUGGCAGGGAACUCGGGGAGGAUUCCUACUUUGGUGUGGCUCUGAUCGAUGUUGGAGAUGCCAUGCGAGAGCUGGGUGAAGUUAAAGAUGCUCUAGACAUGGAAGUCAAGCAAAACUUCAUUGAUCCCUUGCAGAAUAUCCAUGAUAAAGACUUAAAAGAGAUCCAGCAUCACCUGAAGAAGCUGGAAGGGCGACGGUUGGACUUUGACUAUAAGAAGAAAAGGCAAGGAAAAGUCACAGAAGAUGAGAUCAAACAAGCCCUGGAGAAGUUUGAUGACUCAAAGGAUAUUGCCGAACAAAGCAUGUUUAACCUUCUGGAGAGUGAUAUUGAACAAGUGAGUCAGCUUUCUGCUUUGGUCCAAGCUCAGGUGAACUACCACAGACAGGCCGCAGAGAUCCUUCAGCAGCUUUCCACCAAGAUAGAGGACAGAAUAAGAGAGGCUUCUUGUAAGCCAAGAAGAGAGUAUGUCCCCAAACCUCGCACCUCCCUGGAUUUAAGUGAGAACCACAAUGGGAAUAUUGGGAAUAUUGGGCACAGUGGCCCUUCUAGGUCACCAGCUCCAAUGGACCAUCCUUGCUGUCGGGCACUGUAUGAUUUUGAUGCUGAAAAUGAGGGUGAGCUAGGCUUCAAGGAAGGUGACAUCAUCACCUUGACCAGCAAGAUUGACGACAACUGGUAUGAAGGAAAGAUCAAUGAUCACUCUGGCUUCUUCCCUGUCAACUACGUAGAUAUCCUGGUAGCUUUGCCCCACUAAGUCUUAUGCAUGUACCCUAAUCAUGAUCUGACCAAUCAAACCACUUCUGCAAGAGGAGAAAAUAACCAAAACAAACAGCACAAAAAGCUUGGUUAUGAUAUUUGCGCAUAGGAAAUAAGCAA